AUGUAUCCCAAGGCGGACCGGACACGAACAGUGGAGAAUAUUGGGCUAAAAUCUUCCUCGUCCCGAUUUCAUCACCACCCGACAUCUUAUCUCCACCCUGGCCAGUCUUGUGGCUUCCCCCAAACCCCCCAAAAAAACAACGAGUCUUCCUCGUCUCCCAUCCUCAUUUUUCCUCUCGGGAAUUUGCACUCAUCCCGCGCACAUUAUCUUGUUAUCCUCCGUGCCGCGGCUAUGCAGAGAGACCCGACCACAGAGGAAAGGCCCCCACCCCCUGACAAGCGUCCAACCACGAAGAGGCUGCUUGCUAGCUGGACCGUCGCUCGACGUUCUUUGUAUCUUUGCCGCAGGGCGGCGGUCGUUGCCUUUGUUUCCUCAUUCGACGACACCCGGGGACGUUCACUCUACCGACUCGUCACAACGGACAGUCAGCUACUGCCUCUCUUCCCCUCCUCCGUCUCCGCUUCAACCUUCGACUUUGUUUCCUGCCUGAGGAGGCGGCUAAUCACAUCCAUGUCGGCUUCCCGACGCAGUAAGAUGCUCGGGCGGAGACGACGGGUUGAGGAUGAGGCAGAGGAAGAGGGGCCCCACGAUCACCUCGAACUUGACGACGACUCCUUUUCAGAGGGCUCCGCGCCAAGCGACGACCGUGACCACCACGCCGACAGCGAUACGAGUAUCAUCGAUGAGAAAUCGCCCGUCACACCCGACGCCUCCAAGCCGAAGCCGACCGCUAAUGGUGCGGAAAAAGUGGCCCAACCUGAUACCAGAGUCCCCUCGGACACGCAGCUGAUGACGCAUGGCAUCCCUAUUGCCGACAAGGUUGACGGUGAUGGCUUGGAGUCGCAUGUCGAAGAUGCUGCCGUGUCGAAACCCAGCUCUGUUCCUGCACCCCAAGAUGCUCCUGCGCCCCCCCUCGUGCCUAACGGUCCACUGGUCGUCAGCUCGAACUCAGCACCUAAGCAGCCGGCAGAGCCUGUCGGCGAACGUCGUCGCCGUGAACACGAGGAAUACAGGCGAAGGCGGGACGAGGACCCUGCGUUCGUGCCGAAUAGAGGGGCCUUCUUUAUGCACGACCACCGUCACGCUGGUCCUGCUGCCAACGGCUUCCGUCCCUUUGGAAGAGGUCGCGGUAGAGGUCGCGGCGGCGGUGCCAUUGGAGGCCCCUUUGCUCCGAUUAAUCAAUUUCAAGGCCCCUCUGAUCCCCUGACAAGCAACCAAUGGGCUCAUGAUAUGCACGAUGUCGUUGCCAACCCGGCGCCCCCAAGAUACAGCGGUAGGAACGUAGCGCAAGAUGAGGGCCCGCCCAACGGGAGCGGCAUUAUUCCGACAUGUCCACCCAAUUCAACGCCAAUUAACCGGACGAUGUCGACCGAGAAACAUCUUGGGAAUGUGCAGGUAAAGGUGUACCUUCCUUUCAGCAAACAGAACCCGACCGCGUUUUCAAUGCCGUUUAAGCAAUACACAAAAUUGCCUGAUCAUCGGCCUCCUCUCCGUCGCGAUAAGCCGGUCCGAAUCUCUCUGCCCGACAAUCCGCCAAGGUACAUCUUUCCUGCUAUCGACAGGUCGUUUAUUUUCAUACCCCGUGCGAUGCGGCCUAACCAACAACGCGCACGCGCGAAGCCCCGCCCCGGUCUGGGCUCUGUGGGAGGUUAUUCACGGCGCCCGAGCGUGCUGGGCGGUAGCUUCUAUGGCAGUACCUACUCUCCCAGCAUUGCGCUCAGCCGAAGAUCGUCCCUUGCCCAUGAUGGACGUGACUACGUGUUCUCCCCCACUGGUUCGGCCAUCUCGCGGCCUCCGAUCCCUCCCGAAGGUAAUAGGCCUGUUGUUCGCCUCCCGCCCGCGGCUCCGCAACCCCAGCCUCAGCCUCAACUACAACCUCAGCUUCAGCCCCAAAUGUACGGAGGGCCCGAUAUGGCCGCGGCCUCCGGACCUACGGCCCUGCUUGCCGAGGCUUCCAUUAGCGACCUCCCGCCGCCUCAAACCCAUCCUCUCCCGCAGAAGCCGACCUUCCAUGAGAACCGUCGGCCCCUCCCCAUGCAUCAACCGCGACCACAGAAGACUGUCUCUGUUGCCGAUAUCGAAUUGAACCAGCCUCCUUUUCAGCAGGCUUUCCACCAACAGGUUCCUGUUCAGGUUUCAAACGGUCUGGGGCAGGAGAGCCACUCGCGUCAACCUUCUUACCAGUCCCAGCAGUCUGCCGGGACUCCGCUGCCCCAUAUUCCAGAACGGGCCAUCCACGCCCCGCCAUUUCAGCCCAACGCCUACCCGCCGCAGGGCUACUACGGGCCCCAGCAGUACCCCAUACCUCAGCCUCAGCCUCAGCCUCAGCAGCAGCAAGGCUACUACUAUCCACACCAUACUUACCCGGGCGCCGCCAUGGCCCCUUCUGCUGCACCUGCGCCCUUCAAUCCGCCCUCGCAGCCAGGACAGGGUCGGGUCUACGGCCAGCCGCAUACACUUGACGCGCAAGCAGGCCAGCAACCCGGACAAGCCGGGCAAAUGGGUGUUGCGCCUAACAUGGUGGCGCAGGAGGUCAACGGCAUGGUUUAUUAUUACGACGCUUCUCAAAUGCCUCCUCCCAUGGAUGCGUAUCCGGGCUUCCAAGCCCCUCAAACAUACGGUACAGGCGUCCCAGGGAUGGGAGGUGUGGUCACACCCAGUCCUGACGGAUUCUUUUACCCCCCAGCCCCCAUCGUUUACUACCCGCAGUAG